ACUCACUCAGCCAGGGAUUGCCAAGUCUGUUCUAGCUUCGGUGAUCCUCGAAUUGUGUAACGAAGGUCCGACUUUGCCGCGGACAACAACAGCGACUCGCCAUUUUUACAACGGUCUCGCCAAUAAGUUUCUGAUGGGAUAAACAAGGUGAAGCACGGUGAUAAUGUCACUCUGCAAUCGCUUUUAGAGCAAUCUUAUAACAGUACACUACCGGUACAGGCAACGACCCACGAGCCUUUGAGUGUAACUCUCGGAGCUGAUAUCGGAUGAAGUCUACGACGACACUAGCGCACGCCUGUUGAGCAUCCAUCGCUUCAGGCGUCUUGAUCACUUCGCCGUUCACUUUGAUCCUUUGCCUCGGCUUGAGGACAGACUAGACUACAAGAUGGGCAGAAGUUGAUGACUUACUCUGGUGUAUCAUAACUUGUGACUUAUCAGACAUUGAUCGGUCUACUCUUCCAUUCCUCUUUGACGAUUCUCAAAGUCCAAUGAUGGAGUACACAAUUCCGGUCCAGACUAAGGUUGUCAUCAUCGGAGCAGGCUUUGGAGGCUUAGGUAUGGGUGCAGCUCUGAAAAGAGCUGGAGAACAUGAAUUCAUGAUUCUGGAGAAGGGAUCCACUGUUGGUGGAGUGUGGCGAGACAACACGUACCCGGGCUGCACCUGCGAUGUGCCAUCACAUCUUUACUCGUUUUCAUUUGCACCUUACAAAGGUCGCAAGAAGCGGUUUCCGCCACAGAAAGAGAUCCUAAACUACUUAAAAGAAGCUGCCGAUGACGAGGGGCUACUUCCCCAUCUUCAUCUGCACACGGAAGUUGCGAAAGCGCGUUUCAGAGAAGACAAGAGCGACUGGGAAAUCAUCACUGCUACGAAUGACCACAUCCACGCUGAGAUUGUCAUCUUUGCCGUGGGUCAGCUUCAUAAACCAAACUAUCCGAAUGUACCUGGGCUUGAUACCUUCCACGGACCGAUCCUUCAUCCUGCAGAGUGGGACAACAGGAUCAACUUCCAUCAGAAGCACAUCAGCAUCAUCGGUACGGGCUCAAGUGCAGUGCAGAUGCUACCCUCCCUUGCAUCGGUCGCGUCCAGUGUUACAGUGUAUCAACGGAAUCCGCAUUGGGUGCUUCCUAAGCUCAGCCCAGAUUUCGGCCGCAUCGGACGAACACUAUUGCGAGCUCCAGGCGCUCAUCGGAUCUACAGAAAGUCACUGCAUUAUGGCGCAGAUAUCUUGCUGUCGCCCAUACCACGCUCGAAGCUCUGGCGUUCGGUCGUCGAAACAUAUGCUCGACAUUCCCUACGCAGGCAAGUUGUCGACACGGACCUUAGCCAGAAGCUCGUGCCUACAUACCCUCUCGGCACGAAGAGGAUACUGUUUGACAAUGGAUUCUAUCCUGCGUUGACCCGUCCAAACGUCCAGCUAAUUACGGAGCCAAUGCGUUUGAUAAGCGAAAGAGGCAUCGAGACCAACGCAGGCUUACAGCCAACAGACGUCAUUAUCUGUGCAACAGGAUUCCGAGCUUCUGAGUUCAUUGUACCCAUAAAUGUGCAAGGGAGAAAUGGUCGUACUUUGAAUGAUGACUGGAGAUCUGGCGCGGAGGCGUUCAUGGGUCUUGCAAUCCACGGCUAUCCCAGCCUCUUCAUGAUUGCUGGACCGAAUUCAUUUAAUCCAGCGGGUAGCAAUCCUGAGAUGAAAGAAGUGCAGAUCGAGUACAUCAUUCGGUGCAUGCGCUGGAAGAAGGAGUGCGGCGCUUCAGCAAUUGAGGUCAAUCAGAAAGCCACGAUGGAGUACCAGGAGUGGUUGGAGAGGAAGAUGGCGAAGACUGUCUGGCAAGAUUUGGUUGACAGCUGGUACAAGCAUCGGACUGGGAAGAUCACAAACCCAUGGCCAGAAUCUCUUCGGGCGUUCAAACAUAUGCUGCGUCCCCAUCCCAGCCGCUCUUUUAAUAGACUGGAAUCUCAUGGACAAUCCUCGCGAGAGAGCACUUCUUCAGAGUUCGAUAUGUGGUUUGCUCUUGAAAAGUAAGGACCUAUCAACUUUGGCAUCUAGAGCCGGAAUAAAAUCAUAUGACAGAAAGGUGGAAGACGACAUUGCAAUUCGUACCUCCUUUAUGCUCGCUGAGCUUUCUGCCAGGUCAUAAAGUGUUCCUGUCGGCCCUCCGUGGCACUGAGGACCGCUUUUAUGGCAGAAUAUGUCCGAUACAAUGGCAAGAUCUAGGUCCUUGAUAAUUUUAU